UUGAUUGGGUGUGUCCUUCGCUCGCUCCCUCCCUCUUAGGUCACUUUCAACCCUCAAAUAAAAACGGCGCCCAACUUCCGAGGCGCCCUCAUUGCCCAGCCAGACCCCAGCCUCCGCCAGGUCCGGGCCGCCGUCCUUGCUCAGUUCUCUACUGUUCCCCAGCCCAGCGCCCCGGGACGCUCCAGCCCCGCUCGCUCGCUCUCCUCGGUCCGCUCCGCUCCGCUCCGACACAAUGAACAAGUUCGGGUGGUGCGCAGUGUGGGGACUCUGCCUCUUGCAGCUGAGCCUGGCGCAGAUCGGUAAGAUCGAUUUGAAUGUAACCUGCCGGUACGCAGGUGUAUUCCAUGUGGAGAAAAAUGGUCGCUACAGCAUCUCACGGACUGAGGCAGCUGACCUCUGCAAGGCUUUCGAUUGCACCCUGCCCACCAUGGCCCAGAUGGAGGAAGCCUGGCGAGCGGGGUUUGAGACCUGCAGGUACGGGUUCAUAGAAGGGCACGUGGUGAUUCCCCGCAUCCACCCCAACCCCAUCUGUGCCGCAAACAACACAGGGGUGUACAUCCUCACCUCCAACACCUCCCAGUAUGACACCUACUGCUACAAUGCUUCAGCACCGCAAGGAGAAGAUUGUACCGCAAUCACAAACCUGACCAAUGCCUUUGACGGAGAGGUAUCCAUAAGUAUUGUUAACCGGGAUGGUACCCGCUACACCCAGAAGGGCGAAUACAGAACUAACCCUGAUGACAUCAACAACACCACUGCUGAAUAUGACACCAGCAGUGGGUCCUACAGUGAAAGAAGCACUCCAGAAAGUUACAUCAUCCACACCCACUUUCCUACUGCUCACCCGACCCAAGACCAAGACAGUCCCGGAGUGUCCUACUACCCGGAGGAUACCCCCGACACCAGUACGGAUUCAAAUAUCAUCACAGCAGGCUGGAAGCCAACUGAAGAAAAUGAAGAUGAAAGAGACAAACACCCCAUUCAUUCUGGAUCAGGCAUUGAUGAUGAUGAAGAUUUUAUCUCCAGCACCAUUUCAACCACACCACGGGUUUCUGACCACUCAACCCAGAACCGGAAUGGGAGCCAGUGGAGCCCAGGCUUUUUAAACCCAGAAGUAUCACUUCAGACAACCACAAGGAUGACUGUGUAUAUAAACAUCAUCACAACAGAUGUGGACAGAAGUGGCACCAGUGAUUAUGGAGAAAACUGGACCCAGGAGGCACAGUCUCCUCUCACUCACCAUGAACAUCAUGACGAAGCGGCGACCCAGCAUUCUGCAAGCACAAUCUCAGCCCACGACACCCAUCCAAAUCAGAGAACGACAACACCGAGUGAAGAGGACAGUUCCUGGACUUAUUUUUUGGACCCAAUCUCACAUCCAAUGGGACGAGGUCAUCAAACAGAAAGCAGAAUCGAUAUGGACUCCAGCCAUAGUACAACACUUCAGCCUUCUGCAGAUUCAAACACACAUUUGGCGGAAGACUGGGACAGGACAGGACCUCUUCCAAUGACAACUCAGCAGAGUCAUACUCAGAGCUUCUCUACAUCACAUGGAGGCUUCGAAGAAGAUAAAGACCAGCCAAUGAUGUCCACUCCAACAUCUAGCAAUAGGCAUGAUGGCGGAGGUGGACAUCUUCCUGAAGACUCAGCUACUUCAGUGGGAGGUUAUACUCCUCAUUCCCCAGACACAAAGGAGUACACAACCCUCAUCCCAGUGACCCCUGCUAACACUGAGUCCCCUGGAGUUACUGAAGUUACUGUUGACGGAGAUUCCAACGUUAAUGUUGAUGGUCCCUUGCCAGAAGAUGGAGACUCAUCUUCCGACCCCAGGGACCAUACCACUCAAAGAUCUGGACCAACUGGACACUCCAGUGGGAGUCAAGAAGGUGGGGCCAACACGACCUCGGGUCCUAUAAGGAAACCUCAAAUUCCAGAGUGGCUGAUCAUCUUGGCGUCCCUCCUGGCCCUGGCUUUGAUCCUCGCAGUUUGCAUCGCGGUCAACAGCCGAAGAAGGUGUGGGCAGAAGAAAAAGCUGGUGAUCAAUGGGAAUGGAGCUGUGGAGGACAGAAAGCCAAGCGGACUCAACGGGGAGGCCAGCAAGUCUCAGGAGAUGGUGCAUUUGGUGAACAAGGAGCCGUCGGAGACCCCAGACCAGUGUAUGACGGCCGAUGAGACACGGAACCUACAGAACGUGGACAUGAAGAUUGGGGUGUAACACUUAUACCAUGAUCUUGGAUAGAAAUCACACAUAACCAAUACAGGGAGCUGGGACACUCACAGAUGCAAUGUGCUACUGAUUAUUUCAUUGGGGUUCUUUUUUUUUUUUUUUAGCAUAACAUUUUCUACUCCUUUUUGUUUAUUGUGCUUUGUUUUUUGAAGUCAGUCAAGUUAUAAAAAGAGCAUUGCUUUCUGAAAUGAGGGCCCAAUUAACCAUCGGCAAGAUUUUGACUUAAGCCUCCCACUCCCUGGGGUAUGCUAUGGAUGGCGUCUAAAAAAAGCCAUAAAUGCAUCUUUCUGAUCCUCAACCUUCCCUCCACCCCACCUCCCAGAUGACAGCCGCAUGCUAAGGACAUCCCCCCAGAGCUAAGAGGAACUGGUUCCUGAAAGGAAAUCUGAAUGGGUUCAUAUUGUCCAUCUAGGGGCCCAGUCCCUAGGCAUUGCUUUCCAUGGGGGUAGGGGACUGGGAUGUACUGGUUAUACAUCCUUUUCUACAGACGCCCUGGAAAUUUUCCCAAUGCUAUUGAGAAUGCCCAAAGGGUCAAGCUAUUUAUCUGUAGUAAGCUAUUUAUCUGUGUUUUUGAAAUAUGAAACCCUGGAGGUCCUGUAAUUAGUAUGAUUUUUUGUUUUGUUUUGUUACUUUGUCAGAAGCAUAAAAAGGGUUUAAGUUGAUUCAUAAUAAACAGCUGUAUUUCUUCCACUUUUA